GUCAAUCAAAAAAUACCUGACACAGUCGUCCUCGGCCUCGAGGAGUAGAACAGCCGGGGAGGCUUCCUGCUCACUGAAUGAUCGGCGAAAGAGUAGUGUUGCCACAUUUACCGUACGUGAUACGGAACCAAUACUUCAAAUGCUGGACUAAAAUUCGUGGAGAUGAUCGGGAUGGCCGAAGGUAGGUGAUGGCGAAAUCUUGCCUGCAGCUCACAAGAAAACUGUUGACGAAGACUUGCACAGCCCGAGUGUUUCAAGUCCCUGGUGCGACGCACAAGCGGGUUCCAAGGCCACGAGUAUUUUUAUUUGUAUUUGUUUGGUACAACUACAAAGGUUAUACAUUGAGUUCGUAAUCGUAGUCGUAUCCGGUGUGGACGUUCGUCAUCCAGGUGGCGGAGGACACAAAGCGGAUCAAGUCGCUAUCGAUCAACGCAACAGACCAGUCCUCCGCGAGUGGAAGUAACAAUAGUUUGCAUUUUACGACUAUCACUACUCGUAUCAGUGGUGCGUGCUGGGAAUGCCAUCAUGAAGACGUGGGGUGUUUACUCAUUUGUAACGCUAUUGCUACUACGCCUACUGUUGGCACUGAGCAGCUAUGGCCCUCACGUGGUGCACGCCAGUUUGUUCGAGCAUAAGAGCCAUGGCCGUCAUGAAGCACAUCCUAUGGUCCAGGAAGUGGACUCGCUACGACAACAGGUAUCGCCGAUGUUGUUGCGAAAGAAACAGCAACGGCAGCCCGGACCAUUGGAACGGCUUAUGGCUCAGCCACAAGAGAGCCUGCAAAGCUUUGUCGAGCACACCGAUGUACGAUUCCGCCGCCAGGCUUCAACUGGCGAAGGCACGUCGCAGGUCAUCCUGGGUAUUAGAAAAGUAUUGGCGCCCUUGCUUGUGAGCUCAGUGGCCCAGUGUACGGAUUUAUUCACCCAGUUACUGAGCAACUGUGAAGCGUAUGUGACUCGUGUGUUGCUAGAACAGUUGGUAAUCCCUUUGAGAGCGCUACAUAGUGCAUACAGUUAUAUUGCUGCUAAUUGCUCAAACCCUGCACAGAGUGUUGGUGUUGUACUGGCCGGUUGUCCCAGCGUGACCUGUGCCACGUUGGUCCCACAAGUUGCCAUGUUAGACGUAGUAGUGACCAGCACUCGUACUUUGGUGGCUGGACAGACGGAAUCCAUCUGCAAUGAGUCGGCGGACGCGAUGGAGUUUGCUAGCACGACUAACACAGUGGUUCAGGCACUAGCAAGUCUGUUGCGAGGCCUCGACGCAUCUGUUGACAUACGUGGAAUUUUAACAUCAGCCGCUUUGCCUACUCCUGCUGGACAAGCAUGUGGUGGUGUUUUUUUCACGUUCGGUUCACAACUAAGUAGCCUUGCUGACAACCUUUUGGCAGUGGCCAGAGUGCCAGGUCUUCUGAGCACGCUGCAAACGAACCUACCAACGCUGCAGGUGGUGCAGUUUGAGAUACCGAGGAGAGUGUUUGCAGCAUACCAAUUCCUGGCCGAUGCCGAGCUGGGUAAUCGUGCGAAUGCGGCCUACGUCAAUGCCAGCAUUUCAUUCCUGCUCUGUCAAAACGUCUUUCCGAGCGAAGGUUAUCAGCUAUGCCCGUGGAUGUGCCGCAACAUCACCGAGCUCUUCAGACUGGCUGAUAAGUUCCAGCUGGACAAUGAGACGAGCAAUGCCGGCGAGGACAGUACGGUCGUUGCACUGCUGAGAGAGCUGGGCGGCUCGUGUGUCAACGAGUCAUCAGACUGGAAGCUCUGCAGUGACAUCGACUGCCCGCCAAACGCACUGUGCGUGCCUGCUGUGAACCGAACCCAGCGUAACGAUUUAACCCCAGCCGAGGUGGAGAGCAGCAGGGCGCAGGAGCGGGCAUCUGGUGUGUGCUUUCUGAGCAAGUGUCCGUUCCCACUGCACAACACCAGCGUACCACAGCACUGGGACACCAAGGUACAGAACGUUCUACGCGCUGGCUUCGACGCCACAAACUCUCUUCUGAAGGAGAUGAACCUGACAUUCCGUGGAGAUGUCUUGCCAUGUGGCAUGGCCUGCAAUACGUUCACAUUCCGUGACAACGAUGAGCGCAUCGCCAAGAUAGUAGUGGGCGUGUUUGCAUGGACACUGUUCGUAGUCAACCUCUUUGCUCUCAUCUCCUUCUAUCUGAACAGAGAGCGGCUGAACAAGUAUCCUACCAAGGUACUACUCUAUCUCAAUCUGACCAGCUUCAUUAGCAACUUGGCUACCCUCAUUCAGUUUGUCACGCAGAAGAAGAGUUUUGUGUGUUUCGAUGACGAUACGUUACGCAUGAGCGAGCCGUACUCGACCAGUGACCCAGGUAGCCGAGCGUGUACAGUCAUCUUCAUCCUGCUAUUCUACUUUCUGCUGGUGUCCCUCUUCUGGUGGCUGGCUCUCGCGCAUGCCUGGUACAUAACGUUUGAGCGGCUGGACACGAAGGGCUUGCUGCCGGAGGACAACGACCGUUAUUUGUACAUCUAUCACAUAGUUGCCUGGACUGUACCGGCUAUUCUCACCGGCGUCAUGCUUGGAAAGCACUACAUCGACGGCUUCCCGCUGAUCGGUGUGUGCUUCACCAACAAUGUCGACUCGCUGUUCGCCCUGCUCAGCAUCCCGAUUGUGGUGGUGGGCCUACUCGGCUUGCCGUUCCUGCUCAAAGGAAGUCUCAAGCUGCUACUGCACAAGAAGCACAUGAACAAGAUGAAGCAUGUCCGGCGUCCAUCGUCGCGUGCCGUGCGAAGUCACGCUGGCCUGCGCAACUUUCUCGUCAAGCUUAUGAUCAUCAUGAUAAUGAGCUUUAUCAACCUGCUGGUGCAGUUUGCGGUGGGCUUGUUCAUGCGCGUCAGCUGGAAGCAGUGGCGCAAAGAAAUCGAAGACCACCUGGAGUGCGAGCUGACGCGGUGUUCAGCGGACACGCAGUGCCCGGCGCUGCCCAAUCCCAGCGUCUUUCCUUUCCUACUCAUCCCGGUCACUAUCAUUUUGGAAGGCUUAGUGCUGUGCUUCUGGGCGUUCACGCGCGAUACCUGGCAGACUUGGCGCCAGACCACGCAGAAGCCAAGCCAGUUUUUCAGCAGAGCCACAUCUUUGAUCACGGGUAAUGAGAAGCCGACUAUUUCCAACAUCACCGCCGCUCGCAAAGCGGCCAGGACACUGCGCGCAAAGGCGUCAGCUCGUCACAAUAACCAGACAGGUCUCUCUGCCUCGGUUGCUCCAAGUGAAAGCUACACAGAUGCAUCCGCCUGGGAUAAUUCAGAAAUGACAGAGUUUCCGAGUGUGGCACCAGACCGGUAUGUGACAAGCGCAACCAGUGACCCGGCUAUUCCAGCAAGCAACCCGAGUGACCGCACACCUGCAAACGGCAAACCCGCACCGGAAGGGCAAAAGAGUCGGGUAAAGAUCAGCGUUGAUGUUACGGCUAUGCAGCCUACUGUCACCGAAGCACCGGCCACUGCUAGCAACGGCACAGGAACGCGGCUUGAACUGGAUGAGAUGCGACUGAGUCCCGGCGCUAAGCGCAGGGAGUUCCGCGAUGCAGGUAGAGACACUAGCCGUGUUGUCAGUGAGUUAGACCUUGACGGUGGGGAAAUGGCAAACGGUGGGACGUAUUCUUCCCUACAAGAGAGUCCGGGUGCACGACGUCGCAAUGUGGGCCUGGGUGAUGCGGAGUCCAACAUAUCCGAAUUGGCCGUGACACCAGAGACAGAGGGGUGCCCAUCAAGAACAUCAUUGCAGCUCAAUCCCAGUGCAACGUCCAGUAAAUCACCAGUGCCUUCGCAGACGUACUCGCUGCAAAUUGCCUACGAAGAAUCGCAAAUGCGCGGCAGAGCGGAAUUGGCACUGCAUUCCACGGAAGUGUAGAGAAAUGCUGGCGGAGCAGUCUUAGUCUUUGUAAGUGGUAUGUAACAUGAACACUAGGUAAGCCAUACUUUAGUUAGACUAGCUAGGUAAUGCCCCAGUGUGAUACAGGCUACUGUGGCUAUACUGAGUAUACGGUGAUGACUGUUAGACACUUCAUACUACUCAUUGGUGUGUAACAUGAUCACCAAUACUAAUAGCCAGUGAGCUAAGAACUAAGCCUUGCAGCGGUGCUUACGUUCUCGUUGCUUGAUUGUAACCUGUUCUUUUGUAAAGCAUGGCACAGAGUCUGCUGCUGCUGCUGCUUGCAUAUGCAGUGGCAGUGUCUUGUUUCUAUAAUGUGACAUUCUCCUGGUGGGAAUCAAUACUUGCUAGUGUCUGGGUGUGGCGCACACUGGUUUGUGUCUCACCCCUGUCUCUUGAUAGUAGCCUUUUGCUCGUUUGUCAGCUAGUAGUAGGCCAUAUGUUAGAUAUGUUUCAUAUGUUGCUAGAAUUUGAUUGUCUUGAGCUGUGCAUGUGUGGCGUGUGUCUAGUGAUAGCCAACUAGUAGUAGCGCUAGUAGCUAGGAAUAUAGCGUUUCGGGGCAUGUAUAUAAUAUAUACAUACACCUCUCUCCCUCUCUUCCUCACUGUAGUUCUGUAGUUGCGGGAAUACUGUCCCUGCUAUUUACAAUAUGAAUACAACUGUACAUAUAGCGUAGCUGAGGAGGCACACAAUUUCAGUAACUUUUAGCACACUUUUAUUUACUAUUUCCGGCAUCACACUGCUUUGGGUUUCUAUUUUCACACAGUUUUUAUAGCCAGUGCCAACAGUGCACCGCCACUCCUUCACUUUUGCGUGCAACGCUUGAUAUUCUUCGUCAGAACAUCAUUUCAGAUGUUGUGAUUUGACUUUCUAAAUAAUUCAAAGUGUUUUUUUUUUCCAAUUGCACUCUUGACAGUUCCAGUGAAGUGUAAAAAAACUACAAUGUUCACACUUUGAAGUCGAUUAGAAGACUUCCAGCUUUCUCCAGUGUCUUUUUUGCUUUCUUUUCUGUUGACGGUGGGUGUGAUUUGCGAAGAGUACAUAGGAAAUCCUCUUA